AUGUCAAAUAGCACAAAAUUUGAUACUAAUACUGUUAUCCACAUAUUCGCAAUACCGAUAGCACUGCUCGGACUACUAGCAUAUGCAAUAUCGCUUUAUCUAAUUCAUAAGUCGGAACGGUACCACAAUGUAUUUGGAAUUUUAUGUACUGCUUAUGUCUCAUUUCAUAUACAAACUGUCAGUGUCUUAUUCAUUUGGACAAUUGUCAGAAUUAUUGUACACACAGGACUAAAGCCAUUCCCAUGGACGACUUUCAUUCGAAUAUUUUCUCCUAUUGCAAAUUCAACGUUGUACGCAGCCAUUUGGAUUCAAUUCGUUUUGGCCAUUAAUCGACUUUGGGCCAUUUCAUAUCCAAUGACAUACCAUCGCAUCUUUAGUCGAAAAAAUGCUCGAUUGGCAGUGGUAUUCCUUUGGUCAUUCAGUAUGCUAAUCAUGGUGCUUUAUUACAACGUUGAAUGCGUCCGUUACUUCGAAUCAGAUAUUUAUUCAUGGUCAACGCUAUACGGACCAUGUAAUCACUCUUUCUUCAUUUAUUUUUCUAUACUCUUAUCUGAUGGUAUCAUCCUUAUCACUGUUAUGGUCGAUGCAAUUGCUUUUUAUCGCAUGGUUGCUUAUAUAAAAAAAAAAAAACAUCAGGAAGUUAAUGCAACGCGAGGAAGCUUGAGCCACGACAUUCUUUUUUUCAAAGAGACUUGUAUCACUACUGGCAUACAUGCAUUUCUUAUAGCGAUUUUCCGUAUUGAUGGACCUUUUAUAGCACGUGUGACUAAAGUAACAUAUAUGUGGCUUGCAAUGAGUACAUUAGAUAGUUUCACAUUCAUAUUCUUCAAUCGCAAUUUGUUGAUGAAUCGAAACGUAGUGAAUGUAUUUACAACUGCAAAUAACUUAGUUAAAGUUGUUGAAUUAUAUCACUCCAAAAUUGGUUCAUUCUCCGAUGGUUUCGAUUCAGAUCGAAUUGGCUUUACCGAUGCAUAA